GCGCCAGACGACCGGGAACAGCGGUAGGGGGAGGGGCGAGCUUGCAGGCUCACUGGAGCUCUGCUGCAGGUCUGCUGCUCACUGGGGCUAACUAAAGUCCAUCAACAAGCUAGUUAGCGCUGAGCGACAUGGUGGACGCGGUCGGUGAUGCCGGAGCAACAAGAGAACAUGGACUAGCUCACCGAGAGUCGUCGCGGCGCCCCGACAAUCAGUAUCCGAGCUGAGGACCCGGUGUUCAAGGUGGUUGUAAUUAGCUGCUUCAUUCAUGCGGUCGCUGGUGCACGGAGGAGUUUGAAGCGGCGAGUGGCGGGCAGGCUCAGUCAUCAGGCUCGCUGGGACGACUGGGACAACACGGCGCACUCACCGACUAUGGUGGUCCCGGACAGUGCCGGCGUGGUCCCCCAGCCAGGCAGUGGCAGUCCCACCGGCCUCAUGGAGGGCUCCAACCCCAGGUGCCAGGAGGAAGUGGAGGGGACUCAAGACCUGGCAGGGGUGGAGCUGGAGGAGGUCCGAAAGCUGCAGGAGCUCGUUCAUAGGUUGGAGGUCCAGAAUGAGACCCUGCGCAACAGGGGGAGCAAGAAGGCCACCAUCCACAGAGGAGCCAGCAGCAACAGCAACCUUACGGCCAACAUCAACGAAAGGCUGACCUGCGAAGGGGUGUCCAACUCCCAUCUCACGUUGGAGCACGGUGGCAAUCAGGGCAGCACAGACUUUGAGCUGUCCCCACCUCAGGACAGCAGCAGCAGUGAGGAGAUGUCCCCUCUGCCGGUGACCAACAGGCUGGAGGAAGGGGAUGAAGAGGAGGAAGAGGUAGAUGAUGAGGAACGGGGACCAUGUGGGGGCUUCCUCACCCUGACAUACAGCAACGGAGGGGGGCGAUGCGGGGAGCAGAGCCAGACGCCAGAGAGCCCCUCUCAGGGAAGUUACGAGUCAGAGACACUUGCAGAGAGCGACUCAGGGGUGGACCAAAGUGCACUGGAUGAAGUGGAUGUCCUAGAUUUGGAGGAUGAGUGUGCAGAAGUAGAGGACGAGGACAGUUGGUUGUAUGUGUCGCCAAAAAAGCAAGUUGCUGAUCAAGGCCCAGAGUCUCCGUUGAAGUGGUGUCGGCAGGCUCUUGACCACCGCAGCCCGGAGACAGAAAUGGCUUGUCGGACGCUGAUCAGCCGUUUGGACCAGACAUCUCGAUGGAGGAACAUGUACAGCAGCCCAUCAGCAGAGGCAGCCUCGGCAGGCUCAGGCCUGAUCUCUCCUGGGUACCACAAAUCAACUAACAAAUCCCUACUAACCUGUGGCACUUCAGGUGCCACAAGCAUGCAAUCAGCCCUAAGCUCACAGUCCUCCAUAGACAGUGAGCUCAGCACAUCGGAUGACUCCAUCUCUAUGGGCUAUAAGCUGCAGGAUCUCACGGAUGUCCAGAUCAUGGCUCGCCUACAGGAAGAGAGUCUGAGACAGGAUUAUGCCUCCAGCUCAGCGUCUGCGUCACGCCGCAGCUCCACAGCCUCUCUGCAGUCCCUGCGCCGGGGUGGCACCUACAGCGAUCAGGAGUUUGACACUUACAGCCUGGAGGAUGAAGACGAUGAGUUCGGCCCCAUGCCCCAGCGACGACAUCGCUUCACCCCCUCGCCCUUAGGUUCACCCCGGUGCCUGUCUCCCUCCACUUCCAACCACGGUCAGGAAUACAGCAGCCGACUGGGGGCCCCACGCACAAGAACACCCAGACGAUCUCUUCAGGGGCCCAGUGCAGAGCUGCUUAAAUUUGCAAAGAGUGAGGAGGAAUUGAGGCACAGCAUGCCUAAUCUGGCUCCCCGCACCAGCCUACGUUCCCUGGAAGCAGUCAGAAACAGCCGCAGCAUGGAGGCUAACCUCCAGAGCUCUGGCAACCGCAUGUCCCACCUGACUCACUCCCCUUCCACAGGUAUGGCUUGUAGUCGGCUUCGUGGCAGCGGCCAGUCACCUCUCUCCCUGCGGACUCCAGUUAAAGCUGUCACGCCCACGGGGUCCAUGGGACCCGGUCGUCAGCCUUCUAGAGGUCUGCCUGUUAUCCAAGCAGCAUCUGCAGGAGGUGGCCGCAGGGUCCAGUCUCCAGGCUCUGCUAAUGGCGGAGGCUACAUACCUGGGAGAGCCUCAACUGGGGCUGGGAGGGCUGCCAUGGGCAGAGGACAGGCUGGGCCAUCCACAAGGAGUAAACUGUCACAGCCCACCAGGAGGUCUUUGGGCAUGGCUAAAAUCUCAGAUGAAUCCUGGAAAGAUGGCUGUUACUGAGUCUGGCCGGAGAUGAAGGAGGUUCACUGCUGCAACCCUCACCUGACCUCUCCCCGUUAACUCUCUUAGUACAGAAAACACAGCCACUUUGUCCAGAAGUGUGUCAUACAACCUCUUGGUCCCCUCAUUUCAGACUGGAGCGCUGGGCUGCACUGGAUUCGAAGUUGAGACUCAUCUCUUUUCCCUCGCAUGAAACAUUGUCAACCCACACAGAGAGGAUGUGUAGGCAGACAAGAAGGCACUCAUGCACACUCUCCACUUGUGAAGUGGACAAACUCAGAGCUUCCAGAAGAUUUGUUUGUGUCAGUUUUACUUAUUUUUCUAUGGUCAUUGUGAGAAACUGCUGGAAUAUUAAGGGUCGUAUUACUGUGAUGUAAUUGAUAUGAAGACAAUUUAAAUGAAGUUAAUGCUGGUUUGUUAAUUUUUUCUUUGUGUGAAUUCCUAUUAGAUGAAGGUGCUGAGUGUUGCAUGCUUGGUUCUGUUGGGGUUUUUUUUCCUUAUCCCUUCAGCCUUUUCAUCAUUAUGUAAAUGCAAUAUGACAGAUCUUCUGCGUGUCCCACAAUGAUAUGUGUGAAGUUAUGAUUUUUCUGAUUGGUCCAUUGUGAAAUUAUCAUCGGAUUUGUGUUGUAUUUGUGUUCUACUCUUUGAUUACACAGCAAAUGCAACUCCUGUAAACCACACUGCCCUUAUGAAUACAAAAAAAGGAAAAAUAUGGUUUGUGCCAAGGUGCGUUUCAGCUCUUUCUAUUACCUGAAGUAAUACUGAGUCAUUAAGGUACUGUUACAAUACUGUGUUUUCCAGGCAUUUCUACUGCAUAUCUAGAGGUGGUUUUGAGUGUUUAGGUUUUGGAUACCACUGUAAAAAAAAAAAUGUUUAUGCACGAAGGCUAUGUGCCUUAGACAGCUAUGCACCCUCAUGCAGAGUGCCUCUGAAAAAUUUGGAGCUGUAAUGAAAAAUGAAUAAUAAAGUCUACCCUGAAACUAUGA